CCCACAAGAAUUUAAUUAUCAUGACAUUUACAUAGUUAUAAAAGGACCAUGCAUGUUGAACAAAACUAGUACAAUGAACAUGAUCCACCUAUUCCUAUGAAGAUGACUUCUUAUGCUAAACAAGAAACUCUAUGGCUUCUUCUUCUGAUUCUUAUUUUACAUCAUGUUUUUCAAGCAGCAGAUUCCGCUUCAUUUGAACUACAUCCUGCAGGGACUUCAUUUUACGAUAAAGGUAGAAUGCUAAGAGAGGUAACACAUCAGCCAUCGCCACCUAAGCCAAAUAGAAAUCAACAACCUGAUCCAAAACCACCAUCACGAUUACGUACUCCUCCACCUCCACCACCGUUGUCGUCGCCGCCACCAACGACACCACCCGUGUAUAAGCAACCUUCGAAGGGCAUGUAUGCUUCUCCGCCAAGAAUAUGAUAUAAUUUUGCCUCAUUUGUAUUUUUUUUUAAAUGAUCGAAGAAGCUAGUGUAAGUUAUUAUCAAUAGAUUUAUCUUAGGGUAUGUUUGGCAAAAGUAACUAUAGCUUGUAGCUGUAGCUUUUAGUUGGAGCUGUAAGUUGUAGCUUUUAAGCAAAGCUGCUAGCUAGAGCUUUAACUUUUUAAAAUUGUUUGGUAUGAUAGCUGUAGCUGCAACUUUAAGAUGAAUUUGUGUACUUUUAAU